GGGGAGCGUUUCCACACGGACGCUGAUUGCUGAGUGUAGCAGAACUGUAAAGAUGUCUGCGCUGUAGGGUCAGUGUGUGUGAGUGGGAUUUAGCUCAGUGCAGGAGCAGAACUCUCUCUUUAUUAAUAUUUUCAGUGUUAAUAAUCGGUGUAAGUAAGGGCGCGGGGUAUUAUGGCGCUUGUGGCGGCGCUGCUGCGGAAAGUCCGGUUGGAAAGCGGCUGGAGGAGAGCUCAGAGUCUGACUCAGGCAGUUCCUAAGCCAGAGGAGAACCAUAAUGAGGACAUCAGUAAGACGUUUGUUAACCGAAACCCCAGGAACCUGGAGCAGAUGGCCCUCGCUGUGAAGGACAGGGGCUGGAACACCGUCUGGCCCAUAAAAGAGUACUACCACAGGCUGGUGUUCCGGCGCUCGCAGCAUCACAUCUCUGCCGAGGUUUACUCGCGUGACUCUGUUGUGCCUGUACUCACGUGCUCCACGCAGGAGUGGGCUCUGAAGAAGGAGCUGAGCUCCACCCGCUCCGUCUCUGCAUGCCGAGCCGUGGGGGAGGUUCUGGCCCAGCGAUGCCUGGAGGCCGGGAUCACUCGCAUUGUUUACCGAGAAGUACCGUGGACCUUCCGCACAGAGUCGGUUCAGACCUUUUGGACAGCCAUGAAAGAAGGGGGUGUGGUCCUCAGCGAACCACGUCGCAAAUUUAUUUAACUUGUUUGUUUUUCUUUUCCACUUCCUGUCUUUUCUUUUGUACUGUAACUUCCAAAUAAAAUUGUGUUUAAUCCAACUUA